AUGGAGCUGGGAAAGGCAAAACUGCUGAGAACUGGCCUCAACGCUUUGUAUCAGGCCAUCCACCCCAUGCAUGGAAUUGCCUGGACAGAUGGGAAGCAAGUGAUACUGACUGCUUUAUACUACCAUAACGGAGAGCUAAAGUUUGGAGACUCGAGCGUUGUUGGUCAAUUUGAACAUGUUCAUGGGCUUUACUGGGGCCCAUGUUGCUCUACAGACACCCCAGCUCUGCUCGCUGUUCAGCAUAAAAAGCAUGUUAGCGUUUGGCAGCUGUGCUACAGCACUGCAGAGAAGAACAAACCCUUGAUUUCUCAGACUUGUGAAAUUGGUGAGCCGUUUCCACUGCUUUCCCAGGGCUGUGUCUGGCAUCCAAAGAAGGAGGUCUUGGCUGUGCUUACAAAAAGAGAUGCUUCAGUCUUGCAUGCUGUUCGUACGGACAAUACUAGAGUUAGGGCAGAUAUCAAAAGCAGUGGGCUUAUCCACUGUGCUUGCUGGACUAAGGAUGGUAAUCGCUUAGUAAUUGCUAUAGGCAGUGCCCUGCAUUCCUACAUAUGGGAUGAUGCUCAGAAAACUCUAAAUGCCUGCUCCUUUUGCCCAGUCUUUGAUGUGGGAGGUUAUAUCUGUGCUAUAGAAGCCACACUGGAUUUCCAAAUUGCUGUAGCUACUGAGCUUCCUUUAGACAAUAUCUGUGGUUUGAAUGCGGGCAUUGCAUUUGAUAUGCCAUCUGGUAUAGAAACUGGUUCUUUAACCUCACAGUCUGCUCUGGUGCUUGGUGAUGAGGAAUACUCCAUGGACCUGCGAAGAAAGUCCACAGACUCAGAUAGAUCAGGUGUUGAUUCACUUGCUUCUUCUUCAUCAGGUCCUGUGGAUUUAACCCAUACCCUUGCAAACCACCAUCGGUCUGAUCCCAGUCCUCUUAUUACUAUGAAACGCAAAGACUCUGCACCAACAAAUGGUCAAGAUUCUUCUCACUUGAUCUUGGUGACUUUUGAGAGGAAGGUAACCACCACCAGAAAAGUCACCAUCCCAGGUAUUCUGGUUCCUGAUAUAAUGGCUUUUGAUCUUAGAGCUCAGAUUGUGGCAGUAGCCUCCAAUACUUCUAACAUUGUUUUGGUGUAUUCAGUAACCUCUUCCUGCAUGCCUCAUAUUCAACAAAUCCAGCUGGAAAAAAAUGAAAGACCAAAGGGCCUAUGCUUUUUGACAGAUAAACUCCUAUUGAUUCUGAUUGGCAAGCAAAAGUUCCCUGAGCCUAGUCUCAUUCCAUUUUCAAGUUCAGACAGGUAUGUAAUGCGUCUGAUGAUCAAAGAAUUGAUGCUGGAAGAAAAUUCUUCAGCAUUGCCUGAGACGAAGCAGAAUAUGUUUUAUAACUUUGAAUCCUCUGUUAAUAUACCUGGAAAAAGAAAGUUCUUUGAAAAUCUUGCUACAGAAGACCAACCUCAAAGCAGGGAGCUGUUAAUACCAAGAAGCACAGUUAUUCAAUCUCCUAGUGGUAGGAGAAGACUCAUCGAAGAAGUAAAGAGCCCUAGUUAUGAGCAGAGCUCUUUAUCAAGUGUGAGUGACCUGGAUGAAAAAAGGCUCCCAAGUGACCCCUUGGUGGCCUUGGAAACACUGGAUGCUGAACCCACCAAUCGUUCAGUGUCUCUUCUUGGGUUUGGAACACCUACCAGGCUUUCCAGCAGACCAGCUUCCCCUAAAGUGCAGUUCAGUGUGAUCCAAGAAACAUCAAGUUCUCCUAAAAACAACAAUUUGCCAAAUGAAAGAGGAAUGAGUCAAAUAUCUAGAAAUUUAGAGAGACUUUGUGGCAGCUUCAAUGAGUUACAACUGAGUCUUUCUGAAAUAACGGACUUCGCUAAAAAUGGGAGGAGGAUAUCUUUAGCCUAUCCGUAUUCACAAGAACCGCCUGUUGUUCAUAUCACUUACCAGAAAAGUUUUUCAAAUGGAGCAGUUACUGAAGAUACAAAAGAUGUUCUCCUCUGUGAUGGCAAGAUCCAUUUGAAUUUAGUCCAGCAGCUGUUUGAUCUGCCCGUUAUUGAAAUGAAACACGGCUCUUCUUGGAUUGUGCUCACUGCAGACAAGGAUGGCUUUGUGCCAUUAAUAUUCAAAGCAACACAAGAGAUAAUCAUAAGGGAUGGAACUGACAGUUCAGAAGCCUGUGGAGGUCACUCCUACAAAAAAAGCAUUUCAACGCGACCACCAAGCAGAGUGACAUAA